AUGGACGUAACCAUAAAUUAUGAAGAAUUCGACGAGGAUGACCUUAUUCCUCUGGAAUUAUUGGAGUUUAGCAUACCUAGACGAAUUUACGAACGACAAGAAUAUUUCCGGGCGAUGGAACGCUCCAAGUUCAGAAAACGGUUCCGGGUACCAAAGCAUACUGUCCUCACUGUGCUUGAAGAGAUUAGAGACAAGUUGGAAGUACCUCUGCAUUUUACGCAUUGCGAUGCGCAGGCAUUAUUCUACAUUUUCAUGGUGCUAUCCGCCUUAAUACCUAGUUCAAGUGAGAGGUAA